CAUCCUGUCUGAGCCACGCUGCCGAGCCCGAGGGAGCUGUAGAGAUGACGACAGGCUGUGUGAGGUCGACCCUGGAGCCUGAACAUGGACCGAUGACACAGGAGAACCAACACUGUGAGCACAACGAGGAGGACCCGGUGAACAGGAAGUCAGAGGUGAAGGAUGGCCAAGGGAAGGAGGAGGCUCUCCGCACAGAGGAUCGGGAGGCGGACCAGAAGAAGAAACCUCGCAGAAAAGACACACCAGUCCUCCACUCUCCUCCACAUAUCCCAGGACUCAGGCAGCUGAAGGCGGAGAGGCAGACGGUCCACUUAGAGAACGAGGAGAACGAGGAGAAGGAUUAAAGGGAUCAACUCGUAUUUCAUCAAUGUUCACUGUCUCAUUAAAUGUUGGUUUU